CAGUCUGAUCGUAGAGGUUGUUCAAAUAACGUGCGGAUUUCGUUUCGACGUUGCACAACGUGUGUGUCGUUUUUGUGUUUAUUGUUGUCUAAUUCCCUGCAAUCUAUUACAUUGUGAUUGCCCCGUUUUGUGCUUAAUAGUUACAUUCCAAUUCUAGAAACAUUCCUAGAUUUCAGUUCGGUUUACUGUGUUUUGUUUAGUGAUAUAGUCGUGUUGUGUGUGGGCUUAUCAUAAUUCUUAUCUGUUGAGUAGAUAGUUUAAACUAGUGGGCAAGAUGGCAGGCAAAGUUUCCAACAGCGGCUACCGCACCAGCGAAUCGGAUAGCUCGGACAAUACCUUGGGUACCCUGGAGGGAGAGGAAGCGUUGGCGAUCAUCAGACGUAAUCUGAAAUCGAGUGCCAUGGAUUGCGAGGGAACGCACUUCGACUGCAACUGCCCGCAUGUGUUCGUAGUGUUUGGCGCUUCCGGCGACUUGGCCAGAAAGAAGAUCUACCCCACCCUUUGGUGGCUGUACCGCGACAACCUACUCCCAGGUGCCACCAAGUUCGUCGGCUACGCCCGUAGUAAGCUGACCGUGAACGAGCUGCGCGAAAAGUGUCACCCUUACAUGAAGGUCGAACCGGACCAGCAGGUGAAGUACGAGCAGUUCUGGGCGUUGAACUUCUACCACGCCGGUAGCUAUGACGGCCGACGGGACUUCGAGCUGCUCAAUCAGGAAAUCGGUAAAUUCGAAACGGGCAAAAUGGCGAACCGGCUGUUCUAUCUGGCUCUGCCGCCGUCGGUGUUCGAAACGGUAACCGUUCACAUCCGGAACACCUGUAUGGGACAGAAGGGCUGGAAUAGGAUCAUCGUUGAGAAACCGUUCGGACGGGACGCGGACAGCUCGAAUGCUCUGAGCGCCCACCUGGCAAAGCUGUUCAACGAGGAGCAGUUGUAUCGUAUUGAUCACUAUCUGGGAAAGGAAAUGGUUCAGAAUUUGAUGACCAUUCGGUUCAGUAAUCAGAUUUUCAGUCCAACGUGGAAUCGGAACAACGUGGCAUCGGUGUUGAUCACGUUCAAGGAACCAUUUGGGACGCAAGGCCGUGGAGGUUAUUUUGACGAUUUCGGAAUCAUUCGGGACGUUAUGCAGAACCAUCUGUUUCAGAUUCUUUCGUUAGUGGCCAUGGAAAAACCGGCCACAUGCCACCCGGAUGACAUCCGUAACGAGAAGGUGAAGGUUCUGAAGAGCAUUGAACCAUUGACGAUCGAUGACGUCGUACUGGGCCAGUACGUGGCCAAUCCAAACGGUGCGGAUGACGAUUCCCGAAUGGGAUACCUGGACGAUCCAACGGUUCCGAAUGAUUCGGUGACCCCGACGUUUGCUCUUGCUGUACUUAAGAUCAACAACGAACGAUGGGAAGGCGUUCCAUUCAUUCUCAGAUGCGGAAAAGCUCUGAACGAACGUAAAGCUGAAGUCCGGGUUCAGUAUCAGGAUGUUCCCGGGGAUAUCUUCGAUGGAAAACCGAAGCGCAACGAACUGGUGAUUCGCGUUCAGCCGGGUGAAGCCUUGUACGUCAAGAUGAUGACCAAGUCACCGGGUAUCACCUUCGAUAUGGAGGAAACCGAGCUGGAUCUGACGUACGGACAUCGGUACAAGGACGUCAAGCUACCGGACGCCUACGAACGGUUGAUUCUGGACGUGUUCUGCGGUUCGCAGAUGCAUUUCGUGCGGGCGGAUGAGCUGAGUGAGGCCUGGCGUAUCUUCACUCCACUUUUGCACUAUAUAGAACGAGAACGACCCGUACCAAUCAAGUAUGUGCACGGUUCCCGUGGACCAAAGGACGCGGACAAGAAAAGUGACGAAAAUAACUUCAAAUACUACGGAUCGUACAAGUGGCACAAGAAGAACUGAAAGCGGAGAUGAGGUUUUUUUUUGGUUGAACUAUUGUAAAGUGAAAUAAUUCUGCGCAGUUUUUGAAAAUUCUUUAAGCUUUAAUGACCUAUUGUAGU